AUGCUCUUUGGCUAUGAUCAGGGUGUCAUGGGCGGUUUCCUUACCAGCGGUCCCUUUGAGAGGACGUUCCCCUCCAUCUCGUACGGCAACUCGCCGACCAUGCAAGGCUUUACGGUUGCCGUGUACGAAAUCGGUUGCGCUGCGGGAGCCCUCUCGGUCAUUCUCGGCGGCGAUGGGUUCGGACGGAGAAUCACCGUGAUGCUGGGGCAGACGAUUGUCAUCAUCGGGGCCAUUUUACAGGCGUCUGCCUUCACCCUGCCUCAUCUCAUUGUCGGGCGCAUUGUCACUGGCGUUGGAAAUGGCAUGGCGGUCGCGGUGCUGCCGACUUGGAACGGAGAGUGCUGCCGGGCAGCGAACCGAGGAAGGGCUGUGCUGUGGCAGCUCAACGUCAACAUUUUCGGCAUCUGCAUUGCGUACUGGGUCGACUACGGUGUCAACAAAUCCAACCUGACCGUCGAUACGGACUGGUCGUGGAGGUUCCCGCUGGCAUUGCAGAUCGUCUUUUCCAGCGCUACAAUCAUCUUGUCCAUGUUCCUUCCAGACUCUCCGCGCGCCUUGAUCAAGCAAGGCCGUCUCAAGGAAGCCCGUGAUGUUCUCGACAUGCUCUCGACCGUUGAGGAUCCCGUGGAACGCUCCGAAGCCACUGUGAGCCGAUCCCUUCAGACAAUCGCAAUGGCCAUUAUCGAGCGAAACCUCGAGGAAGAAGCUGCGAGAGACGGCAGCUGGGGUCAACUUUUCACCCAGGGCCGACCCAGAUUCUUCCAGCGGCUGGUUCUCGCCGUCGUGUCCCUCUGCAUGCUUCAGAUCAGUGGUGUCAACCUGAUUACCUACUAUGCGCCCGUCAUCUUCCAGAACACGCUGGGCAUGUCCCGAGACACGAGUCUGCUUGUCUCUGGAUUCAACGGUCUCGAAUACUGGCUCGCCACACUCAUCCCCAUCCCGCUCAUUGACCGUGUCGGACGUCGGCCAAUCAUGCUCUUUGCCGCUGUCGGGCAGUGUAUCAGCAUGGCUGUCCUGGCUGGAUGCAUCGCCUACCCGGCGAACAAAGCAGCGGGAUACGUGGCAGCUGUCUUUUUAUUUGUCUUCAACACGUUCCUCGCCAUUGGAUUCGACGGCAUUCCGUUCCUGCUGCCCGUCGAGCUCACGCCACUCCAGACUCGCGCCAAGUCGGUGGCGAUCGCCACAGCAUUCUUCUGGCUGUGCAACUUCUUCGUGGUCAUGAUAUCCCCCGUCCUCAUCGAGAACAUCAAGUACGGCACCUACAUCCUGUGGGCGGGAACGAACUUCGCCUUCAUCCCCAUGAUCUACUUCCUCAUUCCCGAGACCCUGAGAGCCAACCUCGAGGACGUGGAUGUGCUCUUCGAGAACAAUCCGACCUGGUUGAUCGGUCCUGGCUCCCGCAAAAAGCUCGCUGCCAUUAUCUCGAACCGCAGAGCCAGCGAGGAGGCCGAGAUGAACGCUGCUCGCGAGGCAAAGGAGCCGGCUGAGGGCGCCCGUGGUAUGGUUGAACACGACGAGAUGAAGAAGGAGAAGAUGUGA